AUUUCUCUUUUUUCUUAGGAGAACAAUGGCGUCUUCAGUACUAAGGGUCGCCAUAGUUCUUCUUUCUGUAGCUGUAUUCUUUGGGGUAGCCGCUGGGGGGAAGCCUCUCGUGGUUAGCCAUGACGGGAGGAGCCUCCUGCUCGACGGCCGGCGCCGGAUUAUUAUCUCGGGAUCCAUUCAUUACCCGCGCAGCACGCCGGAGAUGUGGCCCGGGUUGUUCCAGAAGGCCAAGGAAGGAGGGUUGGAUGCUAUCGAGACGUACAUUUUUUGGAAUGCACAUGAGCCUGAACGUCGUCAGUAUAAUUUUGAAGGCAGGCUGGAUUUCAUUAAGUUCGUGAAGGCUGUCCAGCAAGCAGGGUUAUAUGCAAUAAUUCGGAUUGGUCCCUAUGUCUGUGCUGAAUGGAAUUAUGGGGGAUUACCCGUUUGGCUUCAUAACAUUCCCGGGCUGCAGAUGAGAACAAACAAUGCAGCGUUUGAGUAUGAAAUGGCUACUUUCACAAGGAAGAUUGUGUACAUGAUCAAGGAAGCUGGACUGUUGGCAUCCCAAGGAGGUCCCAUCAUCCUACUCCAGAUCGAAAAUGAGUAUGGAAAUGUGAUUUCACCUUAUGGCAAUGCUGGAAAGGCUUAUCUAAAUUGGGCUGCGAAGUUGGCUCUUUCUAUGAAUGUUUCUGUUCCAUGGAUCAUGUGUCAAGAAUCAGAUGCACCACCACCAAUGAUUAACACAUGUAAUGGAUUCUACUGCGACCAGUUUGAGCCCAACUCUUCAACGAGCCCAAAGAUGUGGACUGAGAAUUGGACUGGAUGGUUCAAGAACUAUGGAGGUACUCAUCCUCAUAGACCUGUUGAAGAUAUUGCUUAUGCUGUGGCAAGAUUUUUCCAAACUGGCGGAACCUUGCAAAACUAUUACAUGUAUCAUGGAGGAACCAAUUUUGACAGAAGUGCAGGUGGCCCAUUCAUCACUACAUCAUAUGACUAUGAUGCACCUCUUGAUGAAUAUGGAUAUGCUAGACAACCAAAGUGGGGGCACUUGAAGGAUCUUCAUUCUUCUCUUAAGAUGAUGGAGAAGGCUCUUACUUAUGGUACAAGACAGAACAUCACCCUCGGAGAUCAGCUAGUGGCAUCAAUCUACAAAACAGAGGACGGAACAUCUGGAUGUUUCUUGAGUAAUACCAAUGAUUCUGUUGAUGCCACAGUUACAUUCAAUGGGAUCAAAUACUUUUUACCUGCUUGGUCUGUUAGUAUAUUGCCUGAUUGCAAGAAUGCUGUUUUCAACAGUGCAAAGGUAAAUGUACCCACGUCUCUCAUCAGUGUAAAGGAAGAUGCAAGUGGCCACGCACUCAGAAACUGGCAAUGGCAUAAGGAGCUGGUUUUUUAUAACUUGAGGGCUCCAGAUGUCUUCCCUGCACAGAAACUUUUGGAACAAAUCUCUACAACAGUAGACCACAGUGACUACUUGUGGUAUUCAACUGGUGUUCAUGUCUCAGAGGAGGAUCCUUUCUGGAACAAUGGCCAAGUUGUUUUGAGGGUGAAUACAUCUGGACACGCACUCCAUAUUUUUGUCAAUCAUGUGCAUGUUGGAUUUGGAUAUGGACGUGGUACCUUUGUGGUUGAGCAACCAGUUGAACUCAAACCAGGGAAGAACUACAUAACACUUCUCAGUGUUACCGUUGGCCUCCAGAACUAUGGAGCUUUCUUUGACUUGGCCCCUGCUGGAAUCAGCAGCGGACCUGUUGAAAUUGUGGGCCAAAACAAUGCCACAAAGGACUUGACCUCAAAGUUAUGGAUGUACAAGACCGGCUUAAAAGGCCUAGAAGAUCUCUCCAACUCUCCUGAAACUUUCAGAUGGAGAACAAAGGGCCUCCCAAGGAAUAGCUCUCUAACUUGGUACAAGGCCGAGUUUGAAGCACCAGAAGGUGAGGAUGCUGUAGUUGUUGAUCUUGGAAGCAUGGGGAAGGGGUAUGCUUGGGUCAAUGGGAAGAACAUUGGUCGAUACUGGCCUCUGUAUACGGCUCCUAAGAAUGAGUGCUCGACGCCAUGUGACUACAAAGGAGCAUAUGGCCCAAGCAAGUGCACUACUGGCUGUGAUGAACCAACUCAAAGACGGUACCAUGUUCCGAGAUCAUGGCUCCAAGAAGGUAGCAACACUUUGGUGCUGUUCGAGGAAGUGGGAGGGGAACCCUCUGGUGUGUCUUUCAAGACAGUUCACAAUGACAGAUUGUGUUCCUCUGCUUCUUCUAAGGGAAGUGGGGAUGAUAAGCAGUUGGUGCACCUGCAAUGCCCAUCUGGAAGAACCAUAUCAUCCAUCAAAUUCGCAUCCUUUGGUGACCCGCAAGGGUCUUGUGGUGCCUUUAAAAUCGGAAGCUGCCAUGCCCCCGACUCCCAAUCAAUCUUGGAGAAGGCAUGCCUGGGUCGUGAGAGCUGCUCGGUAUCCGUCUCUGAAGAAGAUUUUAAGAGCAGUUGCCGUCUCCCCACAAUGAGUUUGGCCGUUGAAGCUCUGUGUUAACCAGAGGGCGAAAAGCAAUGGAGGAGCUCCAUUAGUCUAGGCUAGUUUUAUUUAAAGUUAGCUGCUGUUUAUAUUUCUAAAUUUUGCACACCCACUUGUUAGCAGGAUUGGUCAUAGUUGACGCUUGGUUCAGUUUGAUUCAGUAGUGUUUUCUGAUGUCUAAUUCAAGUUUGUAGAUCAGGAAACGCAUGUCA